AUGGCUUGUCUGGCAUUCGUUAGGAAGACUUGGGCGCAGACUGUCGCUAAAGCUGGUCAAGAUGGAACUGUGCUGAAGAACAAUGCUGACGUCCAGAUGGUCGUCAACAAGGCCAUCCCGGGAACCAUCCACACGAGCAUGAAGAUUGGCAAGGAGCAUCUCAACAACCACGACUCUCUGGGCAUGCGACCUCCGACAGGCGCGUCCGUCAACAUCUCCUGCGAGUUCAUUCGUCCCGGAGGAAAGCUUGGAGAUGAGAUUAAGGCUGUCGGAAAGGUUCUGCGUGUCGGUCGAACACUCGCCUUCACCCGUGUCGAGUUCUUCAACGAGAAGGACCAGAUCGUCGCGUUCGGGAACCACACCAAGCACAUGGCCAACUCGCACCAGGUGGUUGCAUUCUCCCCUGACGGCGAGAAGGAGAUCCCUGUUCCCGAGAACGCGCCCCACGCGAAGGACCCAGCCCUCGCGAAGAAGAAGUAG